GAACUCCACUCCCCAUCUUUACCUGACAACCUGCAAAUCCUCUCUACUUCUUUUUGUUCCUUUGAUUUUCCCUCACUUUCUAGCCAACCAAACACCACUAGAAUGGGUGUGGAAUUGGAAAACAGUAAUUGUACGAACCUCGUGUUCACAUAUGGCACCUUGAAACGGGGCUUUGCCAAUCACGUGCUCCUUCAAGAUUUGAUGCGAACGGGAGACGCCGUAUUCAAAGGCACUUACCGUACCCUGCAGAAAUACCCGCUCGUUUGCGGGCCAUACCGCGUCCCUUUCCUCCUCAACAUGGCCGGUUCGGGACUCCGAGUCACGGGAGAGCUGUACGCCGUGUCGGCUCGGGGGCUGGACCGCCUGGACGAAUUGGAAGGCACAAGUCGCGGGCAUUACGAGCGGAGGCCCAUCCAUCUGACGCCGGCUGGGGAGGAAGAGCUAUUGCCGUGCGCAGCUCAGGCGUAUUACGCGCACAAGAGUUACGAGGAGGAGAUGUGGAAGAGGAACGGGAGAAAAGGGUUUGGGGUAUAUUCGGAGAAAGAAGCCAAAGGUUAUGUGAAACGUAAGGAUAGGCCUCAAAAUCUCAGUUUCUUGGAUCAUAUUAGGAUCUUCAUUUCGUCUCCUUCUGAUUAAAAUCAAUAAACAUAAACAGUUGGAGAAAAAUUUUGAAUGUUGUAAUGCUUGUAAAAUUUUUCUCGAGAUUUCAAUGAGAAACGAGAUUGAAUUUUCUCAAA